AUGCAGUCUAAACUUGAAGCUGACAAGAAUGAUUUGAUGGAAUCCAACAUUGACUGGGCCAUGGUCAAUGGAUUGAUGAUUCACCCGAUUGACAAGAAUAGCGGCGUUGCUUGUCCAAUUCACAUCCCCUUUGCAUUGGUGCCUUCGCCAUAUCCACUCGAAUCCUAUCAAUUGGCAUAUGAAUUACAGCCUCUUGCCAACCUACUUGUCGACCAAGUCGCCAAUGACAAGACUUUUAUGGAUAGUGUUUUUCAAGAAGUUGCAAAAGUAGACGAUUUUACCAAACGACUAUACCAAGUGUAUCUGGAAACGCUGCGCCAACCACAUCAUCAAACCAUUAAACUCGGUAUUCAUCGCUCAGAUUAUUUACUACAUAUUGCGGCUGAUGGUGUACCAAAGUUGCGACAGAUUGAAAUCAAUACCAUCUCUGCAGGACUACCCUCGCUUUCUUCUCUUGCUUCUCGACUUCACCGGUAUGUUUUUCCUCUGCUCCCAGCAAAACUUCAGUUGGAGAAGUUUCCAAAUGCAACCCUUCCAAUGUCUGAAUCGCUUUCUGGAGUGGCAAAUGGUAUCGGAGAGGCGUGGAAACUCUAUAAUCGUCCAAAUUCAAUUGUAGUCAUGCUGGUACAACCAAACGAAUUCAAUAUUUUUGAUCAGAGAUGGAUCGAGUACACAUUAAGAAACAAUUAUGGUGUUCGCCUGAUGCGUAAAACCUUGACUGAAAUGGAUGCGCAAUCUCGACUCGAGGGGUCUGAAAAUCGUCUUUUAAUACUUUACAGUGAUAAUGUAGAGGUUGCUGUUGUGUACUAUCGAGCUGGAUACACCCCACGCGAUUACCCCAGUGAAAGAGAAUGGACUGCGCGUACUACAAUAGAAAUAUCCAACGCCAUAAAGUGUCCCAAUAUUGCUUACCAUCUUGCUGGAUCCAAAAAAAUCCAGCAAAUAUUGGCGUUUCCAGGAGUACUUGAAAGAUUUCUUUUCAGAAAAUCAGAUGUUGAAAAGUUUAGAUCGACUUUUGCUGGGCUAUAUCCUCUUGAUGAUAGCGAAGAAGGAAGACUUGCAUAUCAAAUGGCAAUUUCAAAUCCUGAAAAGUUUGUACUGAAGCCGCAACGUGAGGGUGGAGGCAACAAUAUAUACGGUUCUCAAAUUUGUACGGUUCUCAAGUCCAUGACAAUUCAGGAGCGUAGUGCGUACAUUCUUAUGGAUUUGAUUGUGGCUCCACAGUUCAAGGCAUCUGUUGUAAAAGAGCGGACAUUGAUUGAACGCGAUGUAGUAAGCGAGUUGGGCAUGUUUGGCGUUUGGCUUAGUGAUGGCCAAAUUGUAUAUCAAAACUCGACUAUUGGUCAUCUCAUGCGUACAAAAAGUGCUUCAGUAAACGAGGGAGGUGUAGCCACUGGAAGUGCUGUAAUUGAUACACCUUUCCUUGUUUCAGGUCUUAAAUAUCAAGUCAAAGUUUGA